GUUACUUAUUGCAGUGUGUUGAAAUAGCUUUAUCAUAGGCUAUAGCUGGCCCCUUCUAGCUCGAUAGUGAUAAAUUUGCAUUCAACAUAUUUGUCGUUUACACGAAGUGAACCGUUAGCUAGCCAUUUGCACACCGGAUUAUAACAAAGAUGAUGCAGCUUUCCCAUAGCUCGGCAAGCUGUAGGAGCGUCCCUAGCGUUGGGCGACCUUCCUUGCGGCGUCGCGUCAUUCCUUGCGCUGCUGCGAAUGGAUCAGAGGGCCACAGCACGACGUUCCACCGGUUGAUCCAGGAUAACGGAUGCCUGUUGAUGCCAGGAGUUUACGAUGCGCUGUCUGCGAGGGUUGCCAAGCAGACUGGCCACAAAGCUGGCUUUGUGAGCGGCUAUGCGGUCUCCGGCACCGUGCUUGGUGAGCCCGAUCUGGGUCUGCUCACUCCCCCCGAGAUGGCUCGCAAGGCGGGCCAGAUCUCCGGAGCGGUGCCCGACUGGCCGGUCAUUGCGGAUGCAGACACGGGCGGCGGCAACGUGCUCAACGUGCAGCGCACCAUCCGGCAGCUCAUGACGGCCGGCUGCAAGGGCUGCUUCCUGGAGGACCAGGCGUGGCCCAAGCGCAUGGGGCACAUGCGCAACAAGGAGGUGAUCGGGAUGGACGAGUUCGCGGCAAAGAUCGCCGCUGCCAAGGAGGUCAUCGGCGAGGAGGACUUCUUCCUGGUGGCCCGCACCGACGCGCGCGCCACCUCCGCCAAGUACGGCCUGCAGGAGGCCAUCCGCCGCGCCAACCUGUACGCGGAUGCCGGGGCGGACGCCACCUUUGUGGAGGCGCCGCGGAGCGAGGAGGAGCUGCGGAUCGUGGGGGCGGAGACCAAGGGUUUGCGCGUGUGCAACAUGCUGGAGGGCGGCGUCACGCCCCUGCGCACCCCCGAGGAGCUGGCCGCCAUGGGGUUCCACCUGGUGGUGUACCCGCUGGCAGGGCUGUACGCAGCCACGCGGGCGCUGCUCAAUGUGUACGGCACUCUGGCGGAGAAGGGCACCACUCGUGACGACCUGGCGGCCCUGGCUCACUUCAGCGAGUUCAACGAGCUGAUCGGCACGGAGCAGCGCAUCCGCACGGAGGAGCGGCUCACGCGGCGGGCGCCCGAGGACAAGCUGCUGGUCAAGGUGCGCGGACAGACCAAGGAGCUGCACUGAGGCGGGCACUGAGGACGUGAGGAGGAGGCAGACAGGCAGAGGGAGAGGGAGCUGCACUGAGGAAGAGGCGGGGGCAGAGGGUGUUAGCAAUGAGCAUUGUGUUGGCCUUGUGGGGCGGGGGACAUGUUGACGAGAGCUGUGGGGCAGGCAGACGUUGUUUCGAAAGUCGCAAAAGGCAUGAAGACAUGCAGGUUUUGGAGGAGGAGGAGAAGGAGCAGAAAUGCUGCCUCCCUCUUGGGUGAUGACUGGAUAGGACUGGCUUAGAAGAAAGGCGUAGGAAAACGAGGAAGAAUCAACAUUAUUCGUUGUUUGGUGGCGGUUAAUCGGAGGAGGAGAAGACCUAAACUAACACACUCUAGGGCACUAUAUUAAGUGCCACGGAAAUGACCUUUAGGUGCUCUAGACGCGGGUACAUAGGCGCGAACCUUUCUCGGGGCCUCAGGUCUGGAAAUAUACUCUUUUUGGUUGGAACGAUCGACUGCUUCUUACCAAAGCUGUUACAAAGGGUAUUAACACUCUAAAUUCGUGUUCGACGAAUUCGAUGUUGUUUGAGUGUUGUGUUGGUUCGGGUUCACCUUGUUCCUGACCGGCCGACAUGUGAGACGCGUGUGAUUGCUCGGUUGUGUGCGUGUUUGUUUGCGUUGUGGCUGGGUUCCGCUCGACUCGACUUGCGUUGGUCAUGCAACAUGCGAUCCGGAACGGUUGCGCGCCAGGACGUGUUUUGUACCACGGUGCCCACAACGCCGUGUGGGAGCGCGGUGUGACGCCCCGGGGUGUUGAUACCGACCCGGGGGGUCCCCAUUGUUUUGGUUGGUUGGUGUCUAGCUGCAUGUGCGGCUGGCCCCAUAGUCACCCAGUUGCUCGCCUGCUCGCUACCGGUAGCUACGACAGGCGCCCUCGACCCGCGUGGUUGCGUCGAGUUUUUUUUUCAGAUGUGGACUGUUACAGAGGAAUGAGUGCAUGUGUGUGCGCCGGUCUUCAGUGCUCCAGUCGCUGCGUACGGAAGUCGGGGACGGCGGGACUGUACAGCGAUGGUGGAGCCAUCGCAGAUUGAUGUAAGGUCGACUAUCGCCUGUUUUCCUUGUCAUCAAUCCCUGAUCAUUGCGAACACGCUACGGGCCCUUCCAGAGCCCCGAGCUGGGCUCGCUCGAGCCAUCCUAGAGACCUUGGGAUAUGGCAUGAAGCCGCCGCUGCUGGUUGUUUGUUACCUGAACAUGAUGCCCCUUUUCCUUCUAUCUGUUGCUGUUGCCGUGUCUGUGUUGCCACAUAGGAGGUGUGCUUGGUAAAAACGUGCAGCCAUGCACCCAUGUUGAAAUACUGUCAGGCAGCCACAUACCGGUAUCUCGAAACCCCCGGUCUCCCGCUUUCUGCAGCCCGCACAGCAGGGGCUGUCAUGUUUGCCCGCUGCCGUACUUGGCGGCCCGGGCUGUAUGCAAUUGAAACCGGGUCUUGUCAUCCUUCUGAAUAUUGCCGGCCCCAGAUGUUUUUAUAUUACGAC